CUACUGGAAGAACCUUUAUGGGCUCCUAAUGACAUGCAGGUGGACGAUUUACUUAUGAUAAUUAAGGUCAACAUGGAUUUGUGGUUCUUCCUCCUUUUGCUCGGAAGUGGCCUGAUAAGCGUAGGUGCUAACAACGUGACGACAGAGCCACCCACGACAGUGCCCACCUCCCCCAGGAGCCCCAGCAAAGCUCCUACAGCACGUCCUGAGGAUGGGACUACGACGAGCACCAACAGCUUCAACGUUAGCACUCCAGUGACUGUUCCUACCAUGGCGUCAAAGCCGCCUACAACCACAGCCACCAGGAUCUCCCCCAACACCACCGCUGUCAGCCUCAACACCUCCACCUUGGGGACAACCGUACCCGAGCCUCCGACCACCUCCCUGCUACCCAGCGUGACGCCGUCUGCUCCCCGCACCGCUCUCCCCAGCACAGAAGUGGAGAUGACGGAGAGGAAUUUCAGUGCAACGGUGACGACGCAAGAGACCUCUUCUGCUGCCCACAACGGUAACUCUGACAGAAGAGAUGAGACUCCAAUUAUAGCUGUGAUGGUGGCCCUGUCUUCCCUUCUAGUCAUAGUAUUUAUUAUUAUUGUGCUGUACAUGUUAAGGUUCAAGAAAUACAAGCAAGCAGGGAGUCACUCCAACUCCUUUCGCUUGUCCAACGGCCGGACGGAUGAUGCAGAGCCUCAGAGCAUGCCGCUGCUCGCCCGCUCCCCCAGCACCAACCGUAAAUACCCGCCUCUGCCCGUCGAUAAGCUGGAAGAGGAGAUCAACCGCCGGAUGGCAGAUGACAACAAGCUCUUUCGGGAGGAGUUCAACGCUCUCCCAGCGUGUCCCAUACAGGCCACGUGUGAAGCUGCUUCCAAGGAGGAAAACAAGGAGAAGAACAGAUACGUGAACAUUUUGCCCUAUGAUCAUUCCAGGGUUCACCUGACUCCUGUCGAGGGAGUUCCUGACUCCGACUACAUCAACGCCUCCUUCAUUAAUGGGUACCAAGAGAAAAACAAGUUCAUUGCUGCACAAGGACCAAAGGAAGAAACCGUGAACGAUUUUUGGAGGAUGAUUUGGGAGCAAAACACAGCAACAAUUGUCAUGGUGACCAACCUCAAAGAGAGGAAAGAGUGUAAGUGUGCUCAGUACUGGCCGGAUCAGGGCUGCUGGACAUACGGGAACAUCCGAGUGUCCGUGGAGGACGUGACCGUCCUGGUGGACUACACCGUGCGGAAGUUCUGCAUCCAGCAGGUCGGCGACGUCACGAACAAGAAACCUCAGCGCCUGGUGACUCAGUUCCACUUCACCAGCUGGCCCGACUUUGGGGUCCCCUUCACCCCCAUCGGGAUGCUGAAGUUCCUGAAGAAGGUGAAGACGUGCAAUCCCCAGUACGCAGGGGCAAUAGUCGUGCACUGCAGCGCCGGGGUAGGACGCACGGGCACUUUCAUCGUCAUCGAUGCCAUGCUGGACAUGAUGCACGCGGAGAGGAAGGUGGACGUUUACGGCUUCGUGAGCCGGAUCCGGGCUCAGCGCUGCCAGAUGGUACAGACAGAUAUGCAGUAUGUGUUUAUCUACCAAGCACUUCUGGAGCACUAUCUCUAUGGUGACACGGAGCUGGAGGUGACCUCGUUAGAGAUCCACCUCCAGAAGAUCUACAACAAAGUGCCAGGGACCAGCAGCAACGGGCUGGAAGAGGAGUUCAAGAAGCUCACUUCGAUCAAAAUUCAGAAUGACAAGAUGAGAACGGGCAACUUGCCGGCGAACAUGAAGAAGAACAGGGUGCUUCAGAUAAUUCCAUAUGAGUUCAACCGAGUAAUCAUUCCAGUGAAGAGAGGCGAAGAGAACACCGACUACGUAAACGCUUCCUUCAUUGACGGUUAUCGCCAGAAGGACUCCUACAUCGCCAGCCAAGGACCGCUGCAGCACACGAUAGAGGACUUCUGGAGGAUGAUCUGGGAGUGGAAAUCCUGCUCCAUAGUGAUGCUCACGGAGCUGGAGGAGAGAGGCCAGGAGAAGUGUGCCCAGUACUGGCCGUCUGACGGCUCGGUGUCCUAUGGAGACAUCACCGUGGAGCUGAAAAAAGAGGAGGAGUGCGAGAGCUAUACGGUGCGGGACCUGCUGGUAACGAACACCAGGGAAAACAAGAGCCGACAGAUUCGGCAGUUUCAUUUCCACGGCUGGCCAGAAGUUGGGAUCCCCGGGGAUGGGAAGGGAAUGAUCAACAUCAUCGCGGCCGUGCAGAAGCAGCAGCAGCAGUCUGGCAACCACCCCAUCACUGUGCACUGCAGUGCCGGAGCAGGAAGAACAGGCACCUUCUGUGCGCUGAGCACUGUCCUGGAGAGGGUGAAGGCAGAAGGGAUUCUCGACGUCUUUCAGACAGUGAAGAGUUUAAGACUACAGAGGCCACAUAUGGUGCAGACACUGGAACAGUACGAAUUCUGCUACAAGGUGGUGCAGGAAUAUAUCGACGCCUUCUCAGACUACGCCAACUUCAAGUGAAGAAAA